GGUUCGAUAAAACUUUCAUCUACGAAAGAGCAAAGCACAAAAGUGAAACGAAAAUAGGCUUCGUGGUUUACGUUUACUUCUUACCCUUAAAUCACAACAAAGAAAACGAAAUGACUGAAAGCGUUAGUCUAUCUCAAGACCCUUCAGUUGCUGAACAUCUCUCAGUUCAAGGAGCCACAUUGGUGUUCCUGGAUGUUCCUCCAAUGACAGAGUUUGGGAUUGAUAUGAAUGUGUAUAAUGUUGGAAAAAAGUUUCGUGGAGUAAAACUGAUCCCUCCUGGACUCCAUUUUAUACAUUAUAGUGCUGUCAACAAGGAAGGACAAACAGCUCCAAGAACAGGAUUCUUUCAUUUUUUUUCUCCAAAGGAGUUGCUGAUUAAGAAGUGGGACAAUAGAACUGAAGAUGUUAGCCAAAACGAAAUCAGUGAAGAAGAAAAGCAAAGAAUACAUGCACACUUGCAUGGUGAUCUCGACCAUUUUCUUGGAGUCUUUCCGUAUAAGUCAUGGAAAACAUGGAUUGGGUUAACGGGUUAUAUUACAGAACCCCUUUUGAGAAAGUUGGAACCAGAGAAUGGCAAAAUCCAAUCUGUGAAUCAACUAGUACCACAGACUUAUCCACCAAAACCCACUUCAGAUGAUACAGAUAGUCUUGUGACAAAGAGGUUUAAGGUUGACCUGGAAGAAAGAUUACUUCCCACCAUGGCAACACAACCGGGUACAUCAGUUCGAUUUACAGUUAUUCCAAGAUGCAGGUACCCUGCAGGCUCAACACCUUCAGAGAUAACAGCACAUGGCAUGGACUCAACAUUCAUUUUGGAAGAGAUGUUUCAAAAUUGUUCUGUGAAAGAUGAAAUACUUGGAGAAUUGCAAAUGGCUUUUAUCUGUUUUCUUGCAGGCCAGUUAUACGAUGGUUUUGAACAGUGGAAAUGUCUUUUGCAUAUGAUAUGUGCUUGUGACAGUGGAAUUGAGAAGUACCCAGAUUUCUUUUCAAAAUUAAUCCGAAUUUUACAUUUUCAGCUUCAACAGAUUCCAUCAGAUUUUUUUGUGGACAUAGUUUCUGGUGACAAUUUUUUAACAAAUACUUUACAGAUCUUUUUUUCAAACAUUUCCAGUAAUAAUGUUGAUAGAGCAUUAUAUGAACGAGGACAAAAAUUCAAAGAAAGUUUGGUCAAAAAAUUCAAAUGGGAUUUUGACAGUGAACCAGAUGAUUGUGCUCCUGUUGUGGUGGAAUUGCCAGAGUUAGUCUGAACUAAAACACAUUUGUUGAUAUGAAAUGUCAAGUUAUAUUUUACAGAUGUUUAAGCUGAUUUGAUUAGUACAAUAAAAGUUGGUUUAAAACUUAAAA